CCCUCUCUACCCAUUUCUCUGUUCUCUCUCCCAUUCAAGAAGCUCGCUCGCUCGCUCGCUCUCUCUCUCUCUCUCUCUCUCUCUCUCAAGAAGCUCCAAGAAAUCUCAAUCUCCAACUCGAACCAUGCCGGACAAUCUACCAGAGGAACUGUUGAUUGAAAUACUCAUAAGACUACCAAUCUACACUGUCGUUCAAUUCAGAUGCGUUUCCAAAUCAUGGUGUUCUCUAAUCACUAGCCCUAAUUUCAUCAACACAUACCUCAAUCGAACCCUUUUUGUUUCCGAAUCCAACAACACUCAUUCUCUACUCAUCAGACACUUAGCCGACAUCGAAAUCCGUCAUCAAGACCACUAUACCAGACAUUGGAGUAACAAUGAUGACCCACUCGAUUCGCAUCACUUUGAGCUUCAAUUCCCUUUUCGGGGUUUCAAUAAAUCUUUUCGAAUUGUUAGUUCUUGUAAUGGUUUGGUAUGUCUUUCAAAUGAUUUGUAUUGUAUUAUGAACAAUGUGAUUGUGUGGAACCCAAUUAUCAACAAGUCACUGACUCUUCCAUUGCCAAGAAUUUCAACUUAUUGGCUUCAUGGUCUUGCUAAUCAUGUUGUUGGAUUUGGGUUUGAUCCCAAAACUAUAGACUACAAGGUGUUGAAAUUGACCUAUUUUGAAGAAGGUCCUGAUCAUUUUCGCUUGAAAAAACUCCCUUCGGUUAAGCUUUACUCGCAUCGUUUGGGUUCUUGGAGAGACAUUCGUGUUGUUGCGCCUAUGCACCUCGUACAUUAUAAUUCAUCUCAAGCUUUCGUUGGCGAAACCAUCAUUUGGGUUGCGGUUGAUAAGAAUAGGUCUAAUGCUUUGAUUUUGUCAUUUGAUUUGAGGGAUGAGGUAUUUGGAGAGUUGAAUCUGUCGAAAAGUCUUGUUAAAAUGAAUUCUUUGACAUUGUCUAUUGUAGAAUUUAGGAAGUCACUUGUUGUGUUCCAUGAGCCUCACAUUUCUUCGAGUAAAUGUUUUGUAUGGGUGAUGAAGGAGUAUGGUAAGGUAGAGUCUAGGACCAAACUAUACACCAUUGAUACGGUGGGAAUGGGAGAGGUACGUUUCUUGAGGAGAAAUGGUGCAGUUGUUUUGUCUUCAAAGAAUGGAUUGAUUGCAUAUAAUCCCAAGAAUCAACGACUCAGGGAUCUUGGGCUUCAUGAUGUUCAUUUCUUAGUUUGUGUGCAUGCCUACAUUCCUAGCCUGGUUUUACUUGGGAAAGGAAAUGAAAUCUUGGUCAGCCAAGCAAAGUCUCGUGAUUUGCAAAAACUUCUAACUGAAGAGGGUAAUGUUGAGGAGGAAAAACACUAACUUUGAAUGAAACAGGGAAGAUUAGGAAGAGCAGACAAGAUUCAAGUGUACAUUUAAUAAGUUUUUAGCUUCUUGUUUCUGAUAUAUUGCUGGAAAUUUUGGUUUUUUUGAGAACUACAAAAUAUAUUGGUCAAAGCUAGAUAUCAAUAGCAAUGUAAAUACUAGUUUGUUCUUUUUUUUCUUUUUUCUUUUUAAAAAAAAACA